AUGAAUAUUCAACUGGAGAAAGCAAACAACAAGGACAUUAACAUAAAAAUUUCAACAUCCAUCAAUACGUCAGUUCAUUUCCUUGAUGUUACAGUUAUCAAUGAAAGUGGACACUUACGCACAUCUAUUUAUCAUAAGCCAACAACGGAACCAUAUGUGUUACCAUAUACGUCUGAUCAUCCACGCCAUAUAUAUCGCAACAUUCCAUAUGCAGCAUUGUUACGUGCUGCUCGUAUUUGUUCAAAUGUCGAAGAUUUCCACUCGGAAUGUAUACGAAUAGAUAUGUCAUUAUUAUUAAACAAAUAUCCAGCAGCUUUUAUUACCGAACAAUUUCAACGUUUCUUUCACUUGAACGAUGCAAUAUCUGUAUCAUCACAAUUGAACAAAGAUGCUUACCAACGUCUACAUAAGAUAUCAUUGCACCAAUCAACACGUCGUGAAAAGAAAUUAAGAGAGGGUCCAUGA